AGAUCUGCAGAUGCCGCCUUAAUGGGCGAUCGUAACGUGAGGAGAGAUCGCAUCGCAGUGAAGGUAAGAUGGUUUUAGUGUAGAUUAAGAAGAGGAAGAAGAAGAAGAAGAGAGAUCGAGAAUAGAAGGGACGAAUCAGAUGGGUUGCGAAUGAAUGCGAGCGUUAGAGCGGCCCAAUGGGAGGCAAGUUUUUCCUGGCAGGCAGGCCAAGAAGGCAUACUGGCGUUCUCUCGCUGUGUUCUUCUGGUAUGCGUGUUCUUGCUGCUUAUAAAGGAUGGGAAGGUCAAAAACUUUAGAUUUAUUUUUCUCCCUUGAGUCGAAGCGAGCAGCCAAGGUCAAGAAGACUCAAGAACAGCUUUUUCUGCUCUGCUCAGUGUGGGAAGCUUUUUUUUUUUCCCGUGUGUUUUCUUUCGUGCCCGGUUUGUUUUUUUCCUCUUGGUGCCUGGAGUUUUGGUUCCCUCUUUAUCCGUGCUGCUGCGCCUCUGGCUGGGCUGGCUGGCUUUAAAUUUUUGUUUCUCUCUUUUUCCACCCUUGCAUUUUUCCCCAGGUAGCUAUGCGUAGUUAAUGGCUUUAGCUACAGGUUGAAAGAAUCAUGGAAGCAAACUUCUUCGUUUCGUCCUCGUGAGAGAGAAAGCGAGAGAGAGAGAGGGACGAAUCGAGACUCGAGUCGAACAAGCUGAGCUUAGUUCUUCGGUCCCUCCGUGUCGGCUGCUGGACGAGCAUGUCCCAGGAGUGGGCGGUGGAGGGGAAGGAGUAAAGAUAUUGUGAAGAUUCAGUGAGAAGGAAGAAGAGUAGGGAGAUACCUCGUCGGGCGCUUUCCAGCGUUUUGGAGAGGGAUUUCCAGCAGGAUCAUCCGUAGAGCUCCAGCUGACGAGAUUAAACUCCGGCUCACCAGUCGCCUUGACAGCUUGUGACGCUUCACAAGGUGGGAGAGAAGAGAACGGUGGCACGAAGAAGAGGCAAAGCAGCGUUUUGCUACUAGGCGUGGUGACUUGCGUAGUUGGCAAGGCUGGCUGAUAAACAAAGAGGAAAAAAUUGGCACCAAAGUACAAGUGGUCGGGGGCGGGGAGGAGUUUCGCGAGUGUUUUGUGGGAUAUGAUUGUCGAAUGGCGAGGAUGAAGAAGGAUGUCUGCACUGGCACCAGCAGUAGCAGUAGCAAUAGCAGCAGCGGCAGAAGUAGCAGCAGUUUCAGUCACAGCGGCAGAAGUAUCAUCAAGAACAACACGAGCAAGAGUUGCAAGGAUGUCCCGCACCACCAGGGGCAGCAGCAAGGAGAAGACGGGGGGGUGGAGGAAGAUCAGCAGGAGCAGCAGCCAUUCUCGUUUCCCAGGCUAUUCAAGAUCGAGGACGAAGACGAGGACGAUCCAGUGACGAAGAAGGGAAUGUACAUCGACAUGGAUAUCGCCUUGCCGUGCGCGUGGGAGAGCAUGAAGCGCCAGGGGUCGUCAAAGUCCUCGUCGGUGGACUCGCAGGAGUUUGAUUUCGGCAAGUGCUUGCGGGGCUUGGAUCCCGCGGUUGACACUCCGGCCGACGAGCUCUUCUACAAGGGACAGCUUCUUCCACUCCAUCGCAAACUCAGGGACGAGGACGAGGACGCGGAGGAUGUGGAUGACGAACAGGACGACGAAGAACAAUCUAUGGUGAGAGAGGAGGACGCCAAGGCGGAUUCUUUCUCGUUCAAGGCCCAAGGUGGUCUUUUGAAAGACUUGGGAUGCUUGAGCCCGGACAGGUUCCCGACGCGCGAGGAGGCCACCGCUUGCGGCCUGAUCGAUUCCAGAAGCUCCAGCUUCCGCUCCAGCAGCAGCUACUGGGAUUCCGGGGACAAGGACAGCGGCGACAGCAGUAGCAGCUGCCGUGACUCCAACGGGAGUUCUCAAGACUCUUGCUUCGAAGCUCCGGCACAAGGUACGAGUUCUACUGCCGCUGCUGCUUCUUCUACUUGUAUUAGCGGCGCUCCAGUCGUCCAUCCAAAGAACGAGGAAGAGAAGAAGAAGCAGAGCAAGUUCUCGUCCUCGUCUCCCUUGAGUUGGAAGAGGAGUGCGUUCAAAUGGAAGGUUCUGCUGGGAGGCGCCUCCUCGCCCUCCUCCAAGAGGGCCUCCCUGUCCGCCUCCUCGUCCUGCUCUUCCACCUCGUCGGCCUCGUCCGCCUCAAGAGGCGUCCACUUGAGCGACCGGAGGAGGAAUCACUCCUUCACAUACGGCUCCUCGGCAUCAACGUCGUCGUCAAACUCGGGCCCGUUGCUCGGCUCGUUCUUCACGGGCAGUGACAGACCGAGGCAGCAGCAGCAGCAGCAGCAGUACAGGCACUCGGUGUUGUCCUCCUCGGCUGGGAAGAACUUGCAGCAACUGAGUUCCUCCUCGUCUCACCACAGCAGCUUUAGAGACGUGAGCAGCAGCAGCAGCAGUAGCGGUGGUGGCAAUGCCGCAUCGUCGAGCAAAGCCACCGAAGUCCUCCAAAAGUACUUGAAGUUCAUCAAGGAGAAGGUCUCGUCCGCCAACAACACCAUCCCCGCGGGCGGCUCGAUCUCCACGCCGCCGUACUACCUCUACCCGUACUCGUCGUCGUCAUCGUCGCAGAGGAAGCACGAGUGUGGAGCUUUCCUGCCAGCGUCGUCGUCGUCCUCGAGGGCAGGAACUCCGAGGCCGGGUGGUAGCGGUGGUGGCGGAGGUGGUGGCGGCGGAGGCGGCGCUCACCAGCGCUCUUUCGAAGAGUGGCGGGCCGCCAUGACGUACUACGAGCAGCAGCGCGAGCAGCACGACAAGGAGCUCAUUACGUGCCCGUCGUUCCUCCCGGGGAGCCUCCGGGUGUCGUCCUUCUCGUCCCGGAGAUCUAGCACGCAUGCCAGCUGCGUCACCUCGUCGCGCUCCUCGCCAAACCACAGCGGCGUGCUCAAGCAGCAGUGCGUCGUGGAUGGCGGUGGCGCUAGCGCUGCCGGUGGAAACGGUGGAAACGGUGGAAAUGGUGGCAGCGCCAGCAGCAGCAGCAGCAGCACCGCCAGUGCCGGCAGCAGUGGCAGCAGCAGCAUGAGCGACUUGCAGAGCGCUAUCCAGGGCGCCAUUGCUCACUGCAAAAAGUCUCAAACGUCCAGUACGCUGCUCCACCACCAUCUUCGUCAAUCCCACCACCACCAGAGCCAGCACCAAUCCGGUCCUCUCCUGCUCGUGGAGCCAACCAGAUCAUCGCCACCCUCGUCUCAGACCCCCGCAGGAGCGAUCGAGCAGCAAAUCUUUCUCAAGCAAAACAGCUGACUACACGAAAAAAAAGAAAGAAAUCUAGAAGAUUUGUAGGUACGUACAUAUGAAUGGGAUGAAUGAAUAUAUUAAAGAGUCUGGCUAUGGAUCUUUUGUAUAUGGAGAAAAGCUGUGAUUGUCUGAAGCUAUAUAGAAAUAAAAAGCCCACCUUGGGAGACA